AUCCGUUUGAAUUUCUCUAUCUUCUCACCUCACCUCACCAUGGGUGCUUCAUCCUCUACAGAUAACAAAGAGCAAUCGGAGAAGCGAGAAAUCGAAAGCCUUGCUGCUUCCACCGGUGCUCUUCCUCUCCUUCAACGAUCUUUCUCAAACCUCGCCGAUUCUCAGACCAACACAGUUUCGUUCCAAUCCUUCAAGAAAAGUUUCACCUUGAACUACAAGACAACUACUUGUGAAGGAGACCAGACAGUUCCAGAUUCGUUUCCGAGGUUGUUGGAGCAUUUAGGUCCAUCUUUAGUAGAUUUGUUCUUCGUCCCUGAGAAAGGAGGAGGUUUGAGUUGGGUCGAUUUUGCUAGAGGUUAUGUCAAAUGCUGCGGAAGAAUGUCUGCCUCCAUGUCUUACAACACUCUGUUGAGAGUCUUUCAUCUGACAUCUCAAAACGCAGGCUUUUCCUCGAAGCUGGAGUUCGAAUCUGAUGAGGCUGAUUGUAAGAUCAACGGGUCGGUCUCCACUGUAGAGUUGAUUAUGUUUCUCUGGAUGUGUUGGACAAUGUCUUGGGGUGGUCGAAGCAGUAGAUCCACCGACUUGUUUCUUCCUGAUAUAAGUCACUUGAUUAUGUCAGCGCUUGUGUCUUGCACCGAGUCUGGAACUAGUUUGGAUGUUUGGGAUUCUGAUGUUUUCGGUUUGGAACUCGAGCUUCCUGUCGGGAAAUUCCUGACGUGGGCAUUGACAACGAUUCCUAGCCUCACUGAGUGUCUUUCUCACUUCUGCAACUCAAGACUUCAACAUUCUUUAAAUGCAGAGGAUGGAUCUGGGCCUUCAAAGUCAGCUUGUGGAGAUGAUUCUGUGUCCAAGACACGUGAAAACACACUUCUUACAUGUGGAAGGGCAUGGGCGAUUUCUUUGACGUCCAAGAAUACGUUAAGUGAGGAGAUCCUGAGCUCAUGCUUUCCCGGCAAUAGCGAUGAAGCUAAUGAAAAUCUUCUUUACCGCUCAUACCAUCACGGGAAAGGCAUGAAUCGAUUGUGGGACAACGUUCAAGGGUAUCAUGCUCCGAUACUAUUGAUAGUUUCUGCAAGCGGUGGAGUUGAUCAUGAGGCUACUUCAAGCGAGAGGAAGUGGGUCAUUGGUGCAAUCUUGCAGCAAGGUUUUGAGAACAGAGAUACAUUUUACGGAAGCUCUGGGAACUUGUUCUCCAUUAGUCCUGUCUUCCACGCAUUCUCAUCUUCAGGCAAAGAGAAAAACUUUGCAUAUAGCCAUCUUCAUCCCUCUGGUAGAGUCUAUGACGCAAACCCAAAGCCUGUUGGAAUCGGUUUCGGAGGAACACAAGGAAACGAGAGAAUCUUCAUCGACGAAGACUUUGCUAAGAUCACAAUCCGUCAUCAUGCAGUUGAUAAAACUUACCAGCCUGGCUCUCUCUUCCCAAACCAGGGUUAUUUACCGGUGGAGGCUUUGGUGUCAGAUGUUGAAGUAUGGGCAUUAGGUGGAAAAACAGCUAAGGAAGUUCAAGAAGCAUACAAGAAAAGAGAAGAGCUUUUCAAUGACCAACGUCGAAAAAUUGAUUUGAAGACGUUUACGAAUUGGGAAGAUUCACCUGAGAAAAUGAUGAUGGAUAUGAUGGGGAAUCCUAAUGCUCCGGCAAGAGAAGAGAGGUAAAUGAAUAGAGGAACCAAAGACUUGUUUGGUAUAUUUAUACACGUGUCUCGAUAGAGAUUUUCUGUAAAUUAUACACUCAUUUGCUGUUUGUGUAAGCUAUGUAUAUCGUUGCCAAAACUCGAACCAGAGUGUUGUUUUGAGAUUUGCCCAUAAACGUUUACUAACGUUUGCAUCAAUAAAUAGUGGGUAUUGUUCAUUUGUUUGAGAUGAUUUGAUUUUUUUUUAGUAAAGUC